AGUUACAUUUGUAACCAGAGGGGAACCCGCCCCAGGGACUGCAGUGGGGUUACUCCUGAUCUAUGCGAGUCCAUUGGCUCCUGUCCAGCCCUGAGGCCAGGAAGAGCCGCCCUGCCAGAUGCUGGGAUCCCGUCACCCACACUCCAGCGCUGCCCUGCUCUCAGCCGUCCUCCUCCUGCACGUUCAGACUGCAGUGGCUGUGAGUUUCCAGGUGCUGGUUCCCACCAGCCCCCUCUCCGCCCCGCUGGGGGGCACUGUGCUGCUGCCCUGCCACCUCUCCCCCGCGCUCAGUGCCCAGGCCAUGCAGGUGAAAUGGAGCCAGCCCCAGCUAGGCCAGGACGUCCAUGUGUACCUGCCGGACGGGAGCGAGGUGCAGGGUGAGAGGUACCGGGGCAGGACGGAGCUUCUGCGGGAUGGGAUCCAGAGCGGCAGCCUGGCCCUGCGGAUCUGGAACCUCACCCUGCGUGACGAAGGGCGCUACCUCUGUGACUUCCAGUCCGACACCUACUUCAGUGAUGCCGCGUUGGAGCUCCGCCUGACGAGCUCUGGUUCGGAUCCCCUCCUCCACGUCGGUUUGUAUGAGGACAAGGGGGUCUCGGUCACAUGUCUAUCUGCAGGGUGGUACCCGGAGCCCAAUGUGCUCUGGAGAAACAGCCAUAAAAAAAUCCUGAGUCCAGAGUCCGAACAGAAACUGCAAAGUGACGACGGCUUAUUCAACGUCUCCAGCACCGUGGUGAUGACCGAGAGCUCGGAUCCAGCACUGACCUGCACCCUCAGCCCUGGCUCGCCCGACCCAGAGAAAGUAUCGGCCAUUUUCAUCUCCGACACUUUCUUCCCCAGAGUUUCCUCCUGGCGGGUCCCCCUCUUUGUAAUCCUGACGAUCUGUGUUUGUUUCCUCGCCUUGGCUGCCCUCUUCCUAUGGAGGAUUCACAAAAAGAAAGGUGCCAUCUACACAUUUCUAAAGGAAAGCCACGGCAGACCAAGUUGGAAAGAAGCAUUUCUCAAAGCCGCGGACGUGACCCUGGACCCAAAAACAGCUCACCCCAGUCUGGAGCUGUUUGCAGAGAGGAAGGGCCUAAGGAACACAGGUCCAAGACAAUCACUGCCUGAUGGCCCGGGGAGAUUCGACGUUUACUCCUGCGUGCUCGGCUCCGACGGCUACGAGUCAGGGACGCAUUACUGGGUCGUGGAGGUGGAUGGCACAGGGGGCUGGGCUCUGGGAAUCACCAGGGAGUCUGCCAGCAGGAAGGGACGGUUCAAUUUCAGCCCCAAGCAAGGCACGUGGGCCAUCCAGCUCUCCAGGGGCCAGUACCGGGAAGUCACUGUGGAAUGGAGCCCGCUGGACCCGCCCCAGAACCCUGGCAAGAUCAGAGUGUAUCUGGACUAUGAAGGAGGGGUUGUGUGCUUCUACGAUGCUGAUACCAUGGCCCCCCUCCAUGCCUUCACCUCCUCCUUUUCUGGGAAGAUCUACCCGUUCUUCUGGGUCUGGUCUGUAGGGACCUGCCUUAGACUGUGUCCCUGAGCCUUUCCCAGCCAGAUCUCUGCACAUGCAAACCUGUUGAUGCAACACACCAGCCGCCACAAUGGAUGGGGGGGAGGGAUGGAAGAGAUGCAUGUAUAGGUUGUUGGCCAUGUUUUAUUAGUGACGACCCCUUGCUGGAAGGCUGUUUUCACACUACGUAAAUGGAAAUAAACCUGUUCUUCAAAAAAGAAAAGCAAAUUCCAUCACACACAAAGGUAACAUCCCCCGCUGACAAAGUGGAAAUCGUCUGUGAUAUUUUUAUGACACCUAUACGUGUCUCAGUUUCCCCUACAUGCUGCAUUGUUACCCAGUGCGGGGGGGUGACGUUAUUGACAUAAACUGGGACCAUAUAGAUCAUUGUUGCAACCAAGGUCCUGUAGUGGCACCCAAAUCUUGUAUAAAGGGGGUCAAAUGGGGUGUCUAGGACAAGGUUAUGGUUUACUGGUUAUGAUUAUGCUGUCUAUAUGUGUAUAUCAGUUUUGUAGUCAAAGUUAUGAAUAUUGGCUCUAUACUGUCUGUAUGGCAAACUUAUGCUAUGCUUCUGGGUGAUAUCCCAGACAAGCUGAGAUUAGCUCUGCCUAGCCUGCUUGAGGGCCCAUUAAGGACCAUCAGCUAUACAAUGGACCCAUUGAGAGAAGGCAGAUACGCCUUGUACCUCAGCAAAGUAUGCAGGGACUGGCCCAUGUGACUCCAGACUCCAUUUUGCUGUAAUUUUCCACAGUAAGAACAAAGAGGUGUUCUUACACCUGGAAAAGACUAUAUAAGGCUGAUGCCUGAUCUCCAUCUUGUCUUCAAUCCUGCUUCUUACCUCUGGAGGAACUUGGCUACAAACCGAAGCUCUGAACAAAGGACUAAAUGACCCAUCCCAGCUGGGGAUGUAUUCCAGAGACUUGAUUUGAACCUGCAGUUUAUUCCAUCGCUGCUGCAAGCCUGAACCAAGAACUUUGCCGUUACUGUAUGUAAUUGAUUCCAUUUAACCAAUUCUAACUCUCAUUUCUAUCUUUUUCCUUUUAUGAAUAAACCUUUAAAUUUUA